CUACGGAAGACAGAGUGCAUGUAAGUUAAAAUCCUGUCCUCUAGUAUGGGCUCCAGCUUCCAUUUUGUUGAAGCUGGCCAAUCCUGUUAGAUUGGGCGUGGCCUCGCUAGGCGCCAACAGCAGCAGGAAUUCAGGAGCCAUUUUGAGAAUUAGUGAGGUGGAGAGAGGACGCAGUUCUGUUGUGUGAGGGGAAAUUAUGAGUACGCGCUUUGAGAGACACAAAAUGACUGGAAAUCAUAGGAAAAGGGGAAGAAGUUCACUAAAAUAUAGAAAUAUACAGGGUUCAGUUAAGACCACUGUUGUGGGACAGAUCAGACCCCAACCACAGCAACAGAAUGCUGAUCCAAAAUGCUUGGGAAUCCAUAGCUAACGCUAUGUAUGAUAACUUCCGAGAAAUGACUGAACAUUCAAGAGAAGAAAUUUUAAAAGAACUACAUACCAGAUGGAAGUCCACCAGGGACUACUACAUCAAAAUGUCGAAUAAACAGGAGACUAGUGGAUCAUCCCCGGCAAAGCGGGCUAAAAUUCCUUAUGAGGAACAACUGACUUUCCUGCAACCAAGCAGACAGCUUCGUAGAACAAGUGGAAAUUACCAGGUGGAAACACCAGCUGAAGAAGCCAUGGAUGUCCUCCAAGAGGAUAUCACGCCACGUACAUCUGGAACAACUACUCCAGUUCCGGAAACUUCCACCGAGAGUGAUGGAAGGGAGAGGAAUCCUCAAGAUCCGGAUCCCUCCCAGGCUCCUCCCUCUCAGGAGACUCCCGAUCCCUCUCAAGCUACUACAUCCCUGGAUACUAACCCCCCUUCAUCACAGUCUACCCAACGUCGUCCCCUCCGGAUAAGAGAUAAACAGUUGGAAGUAGAAGAACAAGCUUUAUCUCUUAUCCGCAGGGUCGACGGGAACGACGACUGUGAUUAUAUCUCAUACACACUGGCCACACACUGCCAUAAAAUUCCAAAUAAUGUUAAUCGGCAAGAUUUUAUGUCAUAUUGUUUUGUUGCAGCAACAGUGUUUGCCUCUGUGGAACCUCUGCCUCCAGUAGAGGAUUUAAUUAAAGACCUGAAAAUUAAAGUUGGACAGCGUUCCCUCUCACCACAUGGAGUUCAUGUGUCCACGCAAACAAAGCCACACCAUUUCCCAACCCAUACCACACGUCCCAACCAUUUUAUCAGUCUAUUUAGCCUCGUGUGUGUCCACUUCUAUGUCCGGGCUAUCAUAGUCACAGACAUAGUUGUGGAGGACACACGCGGCUUUGAUGACUGCAUCAACUGUGGCCUCAUCCAACUGCACUGCACAGGUGAAGAUCCUUCACUUACUACUCAUGAUCCCGAAGGUGCACUCCACGAAGCGUCGUGCCCGGCUCAGCCUUGUGUUGAAAACCCUCUUUCGGGCAUUCAGUCCCCUCUGUGGGUAUGGGCGCAGCAGGUUAGUCAUCAGAGGAAAAGCCUCAUCCGAUACCAAGACGAAGGGGACUGGAUGCGUGGUACUCGGAAGAGGUAUUGGUGGAGGCAGAGUCACCUGAUCUUGCAAAACUUGCCGCCCAAAUUCAGAUGUCCUCAGCACCCGUGA